AUGUCGAGGGGCCGGGGGUGCCCCGGGAGGGGCCGGGGGUGCCCCGGGAAGGGCCGGGGGGGCCCCGGGGUGCCCCGGCUCGGGCGGGGCGGGGGGUCCCGGUGCCGCCCCCCCAGCGCCGCCCGCUGUGCCCCCGCAGUGCUCGCGGCCGAGGUGGUGAAGUUCUUCUUCCCCGCCAUGGUGGAGCUGCACAGCUUCGUCCCCGCCAGCUCCACCGCCCAGAAACUCGCCAACUGGGGGCACCUCAACAGGUGUGGCCCUGGGGGUCCCCAUGGGGGUCAGGGGAUCCCUGUGUGGGUCAGAGGGUCUCCAUACAGCUCAGGGGUCCCCGUGUGGCCCUGGGGGUCCCCAUGGGGGUCAGGGGAUCCCUGUGUGGGUCAGAGGGUCUCCAUACAGCUUGGAGGAUCCCCGUGGGGGUCUGGGUGUCCCCAUGUGGCCCUGGGGGUCCCCAUGGGGGUCUGGGUGUCCCCAUGUGGCCCUGGGGGUCCCCGUGGGGGUCAGGGGAUUGCUGAGCCAUGGGGAGGGGGGAGCAGGACGUGGGGACCCCCCCCCAGCCCGUGCAGCUCCGGGGCCGCAGGAGGGCUGGUGGAGCAGGACCAGGCGCUGCGGCUGGCACGGGAGACCAUCCAGAUCCUGCAGGCGAAGGUGGAGCGGCUGGAGCAGCUCCUGCUCCUCAAGAACCUGCGGAUCGACGACCUGAGCCGGCGGCUGCAGCAAGGACGGGGACAGGGACAGGCACAGGGACGGGGACAGGGACGGGGACGCAGCAAAGGCAAGGGGGGCUCCGUGCGCUUCGCCCCCAGCCCCCCCCCCGAGGGGGCCCACGUGCACUUCCAGGAGCAGCUCCACGACUCGGCCGUGAUGGUGACCCAGGAGAAGGACGGCGGCUUCCUGGUCAAGGUGGGAUUCCUGAAGAUCCUGCACAAGUACGAGAUCACCUUCCUGCUGCCCCUGGAGCAGAGGGGGGGGGACGUGUGUGCCCUCCCCGUCCCCAACCCCAACCUGCGGGUCCUCAGCGUCACCUCCCUGCCAGAAGGGCUGAGCGUGCACUGCGAGUACACGGCGCACAAGGAGGGGGUGCUGAGGGAGGAGCUGCUUUUGGCCACCCCCGGCCACGGCCACGUCAGGGUCACCGUCCAGGCCCGGGUCAUGGUGCGAGUGUCCCACCCCUCGGGAAAGGGCCUAAACCGGGGGAUUUUCACCCCAAAAUCCCCGCCCUGA